UUUUGUUGACUGGCUUCACCAAUCUCGACCACAGCAAAGACAAAAGAGAAGAGAAACAAACAAUGGCGGCUUCUCUGCAAUUUGGAAACCCUACAUUGUCCCGAAACCUAUCUUCUCCAAACAACUCUUCCUCUUUCGCUCCCUUCCGAUCUCCAUUUCUCAGAUUCAAUUCCACCUCCGUCGCUUCCGAUUUCAAACCCCUCGUUUCGAGAAAUGCAUCCUCAUCCUUCGUCACUCGCUCAGCCGCCGAGCCUCAAGAGAGAAAGACCUUCCACGGCCUUUGCUACGUCGUCGGUGAUAACAUCGACACUGACCAAAUCAUUCCCGCAGAGUUUCUCACUCUCGUCCCUUCGAAUCCAGACGAGUACGAGAAACUCGGUUCCUACGCUUUAAUUGGUCUCCCAGCUGCUUACAAGGAGCGAUUCGUUGAGCCUGGUGAGAUGAAGACGAAGUACUCGAUCAUCAUCGGCGGUGAAAACUUCGGAUGUGGAUCGUCACGUGAACACGCUCCGGUCUGUCUUGGUGCGGCGGGAGCUAAAGCAGUGGUGGCUCAGUCUUACGCUAGAAUCUUUUUCAGGAACUCUGUGGCUACGGGUGAGGUAUAUCCUCUGGAUUCGGAAGUUAGGGUUUGUGAUGAGUGUAAAACAGGGGAUGUUGCGACGGUUGAGUUGAGGGAAGGUGAUAGUAUUCUGAUCAAUCAUACGACGGGGAAAGAGUAUAAGCUGAAGCCUAUUGGUGAUGCUGGACCUGUCAUUGAUGCUGGAGGCAUAUUUGCUUAUGCUAGGAAAGCUGGGAUGAUUCCUUCUGCUGCUGCCUGAUUUUGCCAUCAGGGGUCAAUGCGUGCGCAUGAGAAGUCUCUUCAAAGGUCGUCCAUCCUGUGAUCCAAUAAAAAAAUAACAAUAAAAUGUAUGUUUGAACCUAUUUUAUGCUUUAUGAAUAUAUAUGACUGUUGGUUUAGUUUUCUUUCAGUUUCUUCU